AUGGCUCCCCGUCAGCCGUUCUCCCUCAGGGCCAUCCUCAUUAUGGGUCUGGCUCUCUGCAACUUCUGUACGGCCGAAUCCAAUGCCACACUUGUUGCUGCUCAGUCCGUGUCCUCCGACUCGACGACUGCGGGGGUGCAUCUCUUCCCCGCAGAGACUCUGCAGCUGACUGACGCGGUGCUGGCCAACCUCAGCUCCGCCAUUCAAAACCAGACCCAGCUCUUUGCGUUUGGUAACAGUGCUUCUGUAUCGGCUAAUCUGACCGCUCGCGGUGUCAAGUUCUGCAAGGUCUUCCCAGACGAUAUUCUAUGGCCGUCCAAGUGGACCUGGGAGCUGUUUGACCUGCUUCUGGGCGGUGCACUUGUCAAGACUGUCCCUCUGGCUGCGCCUUGUUAUUCCUCGUGGCCUGAGUACGAUGCGGCGGAAUGUGAGGCCGUCACGUCCAAUUGGACCAACUCAUACAUGCAUGCUGCCGAUCCCGCAUCGAUUAUGUGGCCACUGUACGAGGGCAGAACCUGUCUGCCUACUGAUGACCCCUCUGGCAACUGCACCGUCGGUGGUUACAGCAGCUACGCGGUCAAUGUGAGCAACGUGGCUCAGAUCCAGCUGGCUGUCAACUUUGCGCGCAACACCGGCAUCCGUCUGGUGGUCAAGAACACCGGCCACGACUUCAACGGCAAGUCCACCGGUGCCGGUGCCCUGGGCAUCUGGACCCACAACCUCAAGGAUAUUGAGUACAUUGAGAACUACAAAGGCUCUCGCUACAGCGGUCCCGCUGUCAAGAUGGGGGCCGGUGUUCAGGCGUCUGAGAUCUACAGCAAGGCUAACGAAUUCGGGUUCACUGCCGUUGGUGGCGAGUGCAAGACUGUUGGCGUGGCCGGUGGGUACGUCCUCGGUGGUGGUCACUCACCCAUGUCCAGCAUCUACGGCUUGGCUGCGGACCAAGUCCUUGCCCUCGAGGUGGUUCUUGCCAAUGGUCGCUUCGUCACCGUGACCGAGGAGACUGAUCCCGACCUGUUCUGGGCUUUGCGUGGAGGUGGUGGAGGCACCUAUGGUGUGGUUACCUCGAUUAUUUCGCGCGUCCACCGCAAGGUCGGCGCCACCGUGUCAACCGGUUCCUUCUCGACUGGCACCAACGUCCCCGUCGACGCCUUCUGGGCUGGUGUGCGCGCCUACUUUGACCGGUUCGCCGUCAACGCCGACGCAGGCACCUACGCCUAUUUCUGGGUUAUGGCCACAGGCACUGACUCCUUCACCUUCCUGAUGAGCCCCUACUUCGCCGUCAACCACACUGUCGCCGAGUUCAACGCUCUUAUGAAGCCCUGGUACGACCAGCUCGAAAAGCUCGGCAUCGCCUAUACCCCCAAUUCGACCUACUACGACAACUUCUACGACGCCUGGCAGGCUGGCUUCCCUCUGGAGACGGUCGCCUCGUCGACGAUGAUGACCGGCUCGUGGCUCUUCCCCCGCGCGAACUGGGAGAACGCCACUCUCCUCAACACCACCUUCGAAACCAUCAAGUCCACCAUCGAGGCCGGAUACCCCAUGCUCGCAUACAACCUCAAGGCCGAGCUGCCCGACGGCUACCCGGCCAGCUCUGCGAACCCGGCCUUCCGCAACACCCUCAUGCACGCCAUCACCUCAACCAGCUGGGCCAGUAAUGCCACCAACACUGAGAUCCUGGAGACCAUGAAGUACUUCAGCAACAAUGUGCUGGGACAAUGGCGAGCCACCUGCCCUGAUGCGGGCGCCUACAUGUCCGAGGCCGAUAUCCUCGAGCCGAACUUCCAGCAGGCGUUUUAUGGCGAGAACUAUGCGCGGCUGUAUACGCUGAAGCAGCGGUAUGAUCCCUUUGGAUUGUUCUACGCCCCUACAGCUGUAGGUAGUGAGGACUGGACUGUGGAGAGUGAGGAUGGGCUGCCAGAUCAGAAUGGACGGUUAUGCCGGGUUUAA